AUGGGGAAAGGAUCAGAAAGAAGCAGCGAAAGUGAUGAUUGCCAUGAGGUGUGCAAGGGAUCGAGAGGUGGAACGAUAACUAUCAUCCAACCAAUGAAUCAAGGACCUAUCAAUCCGUUUCAACCGUUUUACAAUAAAUACGACAUAAAUUUAAGCAGCUCUGAAUCUCGUUCUUCAAACAGUGAGACUUCGAAAAAGAAAAAGUCUGGCAAGAAAAGGAAGACUCAGGUAAAAGCAGUUGGAGAACCAAUUAUGCCUACAACCCUUCCAUUUAUGACGACGACCCUUCCACCUCCCCCGUUCAUCUCACCAAAUUUUUACAAAAAACCUGAUCCAGCAUCUCUACUAGCCAAGGAAAUCGAAGAAUUAAAUUUUUCCUUGAAAAAAACAUCACACCCGCUCGAUGAAAUGAAAUGGAACGCGCUUCGAUGCAAAUUUGGCAUUAAGGACAUCCCAUCAGCUUUAAUGUUUGAGCACAGAGCCAGACUAAAAAAAAUUUCUAAAAAAUGUGGAGAUUUGAACAGCUAUCGAGAUCUGCAAGCGUUGGAUGCUUUAGUUAGAGCUUUGCACAACAAGGUGAAAUAUAACGAGGCGGUUAAAAAUCUCGCUCUGGCUAUAUUGCGCAAGAAGGAAGCGGAAGAUAUUGUACAAAAUGUGAAGGAUCGUUGUGAGCUGGAUAGCGAAGACAGUGAUCCAAAUUUUCAACUGAUGAAAGAUCGGAUUAGAAAGCUGAGAAAAACAUUCAGACGAACGAAUAAAAUGGAGAAACCCUCUGACGUAAGAGAAGAUGAGAUCAAACAACUUUUGAUUGAAACUCUUAAAGAAAAUAUGCACAGCAUAUUGACCAACGUCAGGUUGAUCGAGAUAGAUCAGACUGGGAACAUCUUUAAAAAGCGGAUCGACUUGGCCAAAGAUCCGGCGCUGUUGAGACAGUUGGAAGUGAUGAAGGCUAAGAACCCUGACGCCAAGGAACUUGUCAUUCAAACUAAUCCAGUCACUAACCAAUUUGAAAUUGUUGUAAAAUAA